UACAGCAGCUCCUCCCCCUGUGUGCUCAGAUCUGAUGUGUUCUAAUGCUUCUAAUUUUAUUUCUAAAAUAUUUCUGGUAUUUUUUAAUCCUUUUCUACGGACUGGUUAUAAAUAUAAGGUUUAAUCUAUAGGCAUGUAAACAGACUGUAAGGGGAUCAGAUCCCCCUCUCAGCUCAGGAGUGGUCUGUUCCUCUGUCACGUGGUCAGCUUUCUGAUCCAGUGAUGUGUGUGUGUGUAGAGUGUAAUGUCAGUGUAUAAGUGUGUGUGUGUGUGUGUGUGUGUGUGUGUGUGUGUGUGUGUGUUAGACUACAGAAUAUUAGAAUGAGACAUCAUUGGUAAAUAAUGAGGAGUUUAUUUAAACACCACUGAGCAUCUCUUUAUCUCCCCUUUAUCUCUUUGGUAUCUCUCCAUCAUUUCUCUGUUCUGUCUCCCUGUCUCUGUGUCCCUCUGUCUUCUGUUCAUCGUCUCUCUGUCUGCACGUCUUGGUGUCUUCAUGGUGUCUGACGUUCCUCAGUGUGAGUGAUGGAGUCUCUCCUGAGGGAACAGUUUGGGUUUAAAGGAGGAAGUGACUCUCUGAGGGAGGAGGUGAUGGUCGGAUGGCCGACGUCGUCUCUGUCUGUGGACAUUAACGAGUUUGCUGCUGCGUAUCAGGAGAUCAGACUGCGUCUGGCCGGCUUGGAGCGAGAGAACUGCAGCAUCAGGAGGAAGCUGAGGAACUAUGAGAUGAAGUUCCCUGUGAUCAGUGUGUGUGAGAGCGAGACGAGUGUGUGUUGCUCCUGUGAGUCUGAGACUGUCCAACUGAUCCAGACUGAAAACAGCAACCUUCAGCAGAGGAUCAACAGCCUUGUGCAGGAGCUCCAGAGCAGUGAAGCUCAUGAGCAGCGUCUGGAGAAAGUUAUUAAAGCUUACGAGAAAAUUCAUCUGGAGAAGAGCAGCAUACAGAAGGAGCUGGAUACUAUGACGUCUCUGGCUGAGCAGCAUGUAGAGAGGAUCAGGAAGCUGGAGGCGGCGCUCGGACAGAGAGAGAACGUCCUGCAAAAGAAGAAAGCAAGAGAAAGUUCACAUCAGCGUAAUAAAGAAACUCGUUACCUCCAUCUAUACACCAGUCUGGACACACCCUGUGCGUUGGAGUGUCUCAGGACGAGCCUGCAGAGCUCACGUAGUCUGGACACACUUACUGACCUGAGGGUCCAGCGCUUGGAGGCGGAGCUCGAGGGGGUGUGGCAUGAGGCGAGAGGGGCGUGUCAAAGGGAGGCGGAGCUUAAGGCACAGCUGCAACAUCUACAGGAAGAAAUCAGACAGGAAAAAGAACGUCAGGAGCUGGGUGUGCAGUGUGAACACUGCAGUGUGGAGUGGAUUAAGAAGGCAGGAGAUGAACAGGUGGACCUGGCUCUGGCCUACACCGAGCUGGUGGAGGAACUGAGCCGAAUCCGCAGCCUGAUUGCUGAACAGAAGCGAAUCCUGAGACAGAAGCGCAGCUCUGCGGAUCAGAACAGUCCCGUAUUGAGGCAAGGCCCCGCCUCCACUCCCUCUGACUCCACCCAUCCACGCCCUCACCUGAUGAGGUCGCAUUUCCAGGGUCGCCGUAGUUACUCGGACAUGGCUGACCCGUCCGUCUCGACUCACGUCGUCCACAAUCCCGUCUCCACUCUCCCAAAGCGUAGAACGACGAGCCACGCCCACCUCAGGCCAAAACCCACUGGGUCACGCCCAUCCUCCGCCCACGGAGCUCUGGAGCUCAGCUUCCUACUGCCCGACUCCACCCCUGCUCCACUGGCCACACCCCCUCAGUCCUCCGAAGAUGAAGAUGACGAGUGGGCGGGGCUCAGGAUAAUGACAGCCCCUCAGUCACACCCCCGCAACGAGCACGCUCAGUCCUGGCCGUCAAUCAGAUUGUGGAUGGAUGAAGAGGAGAGCGACACUCGGAGUUGUCCUCUCUGUCAGCUGUCCUUCCCCACAGGCUUCCCUGAUGACGCUCUGAUCACACACAUCGACACACACCUGGAAAACAGCAAAAUAUAACACACACACACGAACACACAAUGCAUAAAACACACACAGAGAUACACACAUACACACACACAUAAAUACAUAAAACACACACACACACACAGCAACACAAAUAUAUAAAACACACAAAUAUACACAUACACACACAGAAACACACAAAUACAUAAAACACACUGAGAAACAUUCACACACACACACACACACACACACACACACACACACACACACAGUAUAUAAUUCCCCACGUAUCCACUCUAACACUGUGAUCUUCCACACUUCACAUUCUGUCUGAUUUACCAACCGAAUGAUUUUUAGGAGACAGACAUCCUACAGUGUGGCUGUAAUCUAAUUCCUCAGACGUCUUUAUUUACGUCUUUAUUCACGUUUUUAACCUCGACACACUGACGGAUUUAACAGUAAACAACUUUUAUUUUUAUCCUAAACUUUCGGUCAGGGACGUCCCACACACCAGAGUUUCUCCUUCAUCACGUCUUAGUGCAGUGUUGUGAACACAACUGUGAUUAUUACAUCAACAAGCAACAAAUCUCAGGCUUCUGUUUACGUUUUCUGACCCAGAAAUGAGUCCCCCCCCCCCUUUUAAAGCAGAGCCACUAAACUCCACCCACAGGAAACUGAACAGGGAUGAAUAACAUCAACUGAAGGGCUUUUCGUUGCAUUUCCCUUUUCAGCCAGUAGAGGGCUACAAACCUGACACACUGCUGCUAUGAGCAUAGAGACCGAUGAGGCAGCAGCAUGACGGCUGUAGGUCUGUAUGACGGUUUAUAUAUUGAAUCCAUCAACACUUCCAGCCUCAUGAACACACACACACACACACACACACACAGACCCGUUCUUAACACUUCUUGGGGUGUGUUGAUGGCUCUGAUGUCUCAGCUCGCUCGAUGUACCGACAUUAAAACCAUCAUGAGUGAACACAAUGAGGAGCCGCCCCCCCCCCCAAGGCAGCUAACACCAGCUGGGUCUGAUGAGAACUUACUGACUGUCUGAUCUCAUGAACACUUGGCUAGUUUUUCCACUUAGUCCAAUUACGUUGAGGAAACGAGCGGAGAAUUAACGAGCUGUUACAUUAGAUACUUAAACGGUCGUCAGUCAUGACUCAGAACUCUAACAUUUUUUACUCACAACAAUAAAAUUAUUAUAGCUGUGAAAAUGAGGCCACUGUGGCAUUUAUAUUUACAUCUGAAUUAAUAGUGUGUGCUCUAGCAGUCUGAAACAGGGUGAUUAACACGGGUGGGGUGAGGGGUGGACCUACUGACCUACUGUCUGGUCGUCUGGGUCUACUGUCUGAUCUUCUGGAUCUACUGUCUGACCGUCUGGACCUACUGUCUGGUCGUCUGGACCUACUGUCUGGUCGUCUGGACCUAUUGUCUGGUCGUCUGGAUCUACUGUUUGAUCUUCUGGAUCUACUGUCUGAUCUUCUGGAUCUACUGUCUGAUUGUCUGGAUUUACUGUCUGGUUGUCUGGAUCUACUGUCUGAUCGAUGAGUUCAAACGAAUCCUCAGUGACGAUCACCGCUGUGUUGUUCCUCACGCACAGCUCAGGGUUUCAGCUGAAACUUGAGUUCUGAAGAUGGAGUGUUAAUUAGAACAAUGUGUUAAUAAUACACUGAACUGUACAUCAAAGACCCUUAAUGAUGGAGCAAUAACACCGUCAUUAACACUGUUAUUAACACAGUCAUGUACAUAUGGACAUGGUCAGCUUGUGUGUAAUGUGUGUAAAUGUAAGGUGUAAUGUUGUCUCAUGUGAUUCCUCUUUAGUUACAUCACUGCUGUUAAUGAGAGACUCUGUGCUCAGUGUGUUCAGAGUUCAUUCAUAAGAAGAUUAAAUAAAAUAAUAACUGAACAGUUUAGGAGCUGCGCACUAAAGUAAAAGAAAAGUAAAGCUCAAAAUCGUGUGUGUAUAAAAGGUGUGUGUAUAUAAAAGGUGAGUGAGUGAGUGUGUGAGUGAGUGUGUGUGUGUGAGUGUAUGUGUGUGAGUGAGUGAGUGUGUGUGAGUGUGUGUGUGUGUGAGUGUGUGUGUGAGUGAGUGAGUGUGUGAGUGUUAAUCCUGACAUUGUAAGUGUUUAUGUUGUUGUCGAUGUAUUUCUCAGUACGGUUGAACAUUUAGGGCUCGUGUCAGACAGCUGACUGUUUAAAGCCUGAAAUAAAAAUAAUGACGUUGAAUUAAA